UCUGUUGUCACAUUGUGUAUAAGUAGUUAAUUAUUGUUGAUAUUGUUCAUAUCAUGCAGUUAAAUAACAAUUAGAGACAGGCAAAGGAGAUUUGAUUCUCUGAAGAUAAUCAACUGUUGCAAAUUAUAAAGUCAUGGAUGAUGCAUAUAGGGAUGCAAGUGGUAGUAAGCAUCCAAGGGUGCAUUUUGAAAGCGAUCUGGUUAAUCACCACCGAAAUUCAAGCUUCCCAUCAUCCUCGUCAUCAUCACCAUCGUCCUCAUCAUCGUCAUCUCCACGUUCAUCGCUGGAAUCAUCUGUCAAUGGUACAGAAGGUGGUAACAAUCCCUGCGUAACAACGACACGACCAGACCACGAGUCUCAGGGGGCUCUGUCAUUACCAGAGGGUUAUUCUUCUCCGAUUCUGCCUUGGAGCAUGCAAAGCGGAUCAUCCGCGCAAUCCUCUCAGUUUCAGAUGAUGGGAAGGCCUGCAGGAUAUGACCCGAGUCGAAUCCCAUCGAAUAUUUUUUCCAGUAAACCGGCAGCAGGCAUGGAUUGGAGUGUUGCUUCAAAUGAAUCAUUAUUUAGUCUUCAUGUGGGGAACAACAGCUUCUCGAGAGAUCAGUUUGCUUUUCUGAAUAAAUCCGGAGAGCUUUAUAAAUCCGGUGAACUGACGCGGCAUGAUGAAUUAUUCUACAUUCCAACUCCACUUCCCACAGUUACUGAGGCAGAAACUAUUGAAAUUAAGAUUCACAAUGUGGAGAAAGAGAAGGUUGAAAACAAGGCUCCGAACGUGGAGGCAAAAAUCGAGGAAAAUGAGAGUGCAAAUGUGGAGAUAUAUAAGGUUGAAAGCGUGAGGGAAAAUGUGGAAAAGGAAUCAGUAGAAGAAACAGAAGGACCAGAUGAAUCCGCAAAGACAGAAGCCAUAAAACCCAAGGAAAUCUGGAAUUCUGUCGCUUCAUACCGGUCUGAUGGGAGCAAUAACAGCACCAAGUCAUUCCGGUUCCCAGUGUUGGCAGGUCAUGAGGUUGAAAAAAAUAUCCCUGCAGAGAUGGACUCAGGAAAGCUAGAGUCAGAGCCGCACGCACAGCAGGAGAUGCAUAAGCAAGUAGAGCACGAAGCCCCCGAAACACCCCUAAAUGUCGCCACAACUCAACCAACCAGUUGGUUUUCGUGCUUCUGUUGUUGCACCCCCUGCCGUUGAUCUAAAAAGCCUUCCUAGGUAGAUGCUUUGGAUUUCAAAGUUGCUUCCUUGCCAAGUUUCAAAGAACCUCAAGGCUUGUCCAAGUGGUGGAGUUCCCAUUAGGUUAGG